AUGGGAGUCUAUUAUCGUGCAUUAUCCAAGGAGUGGAGUGCAGUAGCAGUUCGCCGGCGAAAUAACAAAAAGCCUGCUCACCCACCCGCAGUCUGCGCGGCGUUUGUCGCUGACAACCCGUCACGUCAGCGUGUCGCCUCUGCCUUUCCGGUUCCACUAGCUUCAUGUCGCGAAAAAUGUCGCGUGACACGCCACGUGCACUCGCCAGUAUAUAGUGUUACGCUGAGGAUGGUGGGCGCUUUAAACAUGUAUUGUGAAGGAAACUCGAAGAUGAAGGGCAAACAAAUGAACUGGCGGCGCGUGCCCCGUCCCAACAAAGACACAUCAAAGGAGCCGCGUAUGCACUUGAUCGCCGCAGUGGCUGACGUCCAUCGAUUGUCGGGGGGCGGCCACCCCCGGGGGGAGAAGAAAGCUUUAAAAACAGAGAGCCAGCGGCGUCUCAGCGACGGACCAAUACGUCCCCGUUCGGCCCUCGAUUACGAGCGCCGCUGCAUACGCCCCAGUAGGGUUGUCGCUACACAAAAGAUAUUUUUAAUUUAUAUGAUUGAACAAAUU